UUUUUGCCAGCACUACUCGUUAGUUUUUUUAGGACGAGUGUGACCAGGUAAAACGAUCUGGUACUUUUGGUCGCUCGUUGCCAGAUCGUUCUCGUGCCGCGUCUCGAAAACGUCCUAAAGUGUGUGCCCAGGCGCCGCGAAAGCGCAAUUUUCGGGGCUUUGGCGUGUUCAGCGGAAUAAACAGCGGUCACACCCAGACAAACAACCGGACAAGUCUCCAACAGGAAAGAGGAACUGACCAGAGGUGCUCCGGCACCUGCCCGUGGUCGACGACCCCCACAGGCCGAGUGGGCUCUUCGUGAACAGGCCGGCAUUGGAGGCCCUGAAAGCGGCGUCCACCGACAGGUGCUUCUUCUUAAUGAUCGACGUCGUAUUCCUAAAGACGCCCGUCACCGCACACAUCGUGCUCAUCCUGGCCACCACGGAGGAUGGCUCAAUAAGAAAGGUGGUCUACACGAAAACCAGAGAUAGACAGUUUGAUGCCCGGGAGGUGCUGGAGUCCCUGCUGGUAGUCCGCGACGAGCUCCGCGGCAUGGGCAUCGAGGACCACCUGCUGGCCAUCGUGGCGGAUGAGGACCCGAACAACGCCCUCCUUGUGGAGGCGGGCUACCCCGUGCUGGUGGACCUCCACCACCUCAUCAAGAGGAUGGACACCGGCAUGGGUCACGCCGAUGUGCUCCUCCAGGCGGUCCACAAGCACGUGGUGUUCCGCCAACACAGCGAGGCCGAAAAGUUCGCCGUCAUACGCGCGAUGGCCGACUCGAUCCCAGCCAGCGCCAGGAGGAAAACCCUCUCCGAGAUCAACGCGGUGGAGCGGGUUGUGGCCCGGCGGUUCGCCGUGCUGGGCAGCCCGUUCCACCUGCGGGAGUGCAACAACGACGUGCUGGAGAGCUUGGGCCGGAAACUGGCCACAGAGGCGUCCCUCGUAAUGGCGGAGGCCCUCACGGCAGAGCCCAGAAUGAAGGCAAGGCUCCUGGAGGUCCACGAGCUGCUGAGGAGAGUGGUGUGCCUCCUCAGCAUGCUGGAGAAGCUGGACGUGGAUCUGUCGGGCCUCGCGGACUAACUGGGCUUUCGGCGAAUUUGGCUUUUUUCGGCGACUUUAGCCGUUUUUUACAAACGAAAACCGCGCGUGAACAAUGAAUAACGCCAAGAGAGGACCUCCUGGUGGACCUGGUCGCCACUGCCAAGUCCUCGCAGGAGCGGAAUGACGCCGGCGCUGCUGCGGAAAAAGCCUUCGGCCCGGUCGAGGCCCGGCAGCUGUCGUUCCUCAAGGUGAAGGGGCACAAAUUCCUAUCAAACACAAUAGCGCAGAGAACCGAGCUCCAGCAGACGGAGAUCGAAGACGAGCUCGACAUAGACGGGGCCCUGGCUCUGCGCCACGAGCAGCAGGAGGAGCCCGCGGAGGAUGAGCCCGUGAAGGCCGAGCAGCAGGAUCCCGCGAUCGACUACCUGGAGGCGGAAAUAAUGGCCGAAGAUGCAGCACUGCAGCUCCUGCUGGAGGAGCCUGCGCAGGUCGACCAGGACGAGGCCGAGGAUCAAGGGGCGUGCAGUGCGGCUGCACCAUUGCCGCCGCUCCUGGCGCCGUCGAGGCUGAGAUAAAUACAUUUGUGUUCCACGUGCAUGAUGCAGUGCAACACAUCAGCCGUGCUUUACCGGCACGAAAAACAGUGCAACAAGGAGAUGUAUCAAUACGAGUGCGGUUGUGGGCGGCUGACAAUGACCACCAAACAGGUGGCAGGCCACCAACGCACUUGUACCCUAGGGCACAGCAAGCGCGUCAAGCAGUAGAAACCUGUCCUCGAUCACAGCCAGCCAGCAGAGCAGUAAGGCGGUUCUGCUGUGCAUAGUUAGAACAUAGCGUUGAAGGCACUAACUCAACUGGGAGCCUGCAAAGCCCCCCGCACCUUCGACCGCAACAUCACCAGGGUACGAGCCCACAGCUGCACAGUGUGUGCGACAACAGUACCCGGAUAAUAGAAUCGCAAUGGACUCCCGACUGCUGCCAGCUGGCCUUUGGCACCGUUGAUAGUAUAGUAGGUUAAUUGUUUUAAACGUUGAUUAUUUUAGUAUAGAUAAAACGAUAAAAAAGCCAACAAAUUUAUAAAAAGUCUUCAAUAGGUUAGUUAUUUUAAACAUUUUAGAAAACAUACAAUUAUUCCUACCUUUUAAUACAUGUAUAUUCUAUAUAGUCAACUAUUUCUGAUGCCAUUUCCUGGUUUUUAUAGGAUAGCCUACAGCAAUCAUUCGUAAAAAGUUGUCUGGAACAAUUGUUUAUAUUAUACCAUUCCUAUGUCAUAUUCAAAUAAAUGUAUAUUUCAUUAUUUAA